AUGGAAAACACAAACGAAAAGCCGAUUCAAAAGCAAGAUCAAACUUCUAACGAAGAACAACAAAAGAAGCAAGUCCCGGCUCCUAUUCCUGAGAAAAGUGCUUGGAACGUUCAAGUAACCGAGAAAACACCCGAAAAAACGGAUGCUACCGUUGCUGGAGCUGACUGGCCUGCACCUAAGGAAGCUGCUGUAGAGCCCACUGAAGAGAGCAAUGAUAAAGAAAAACUUGCUCCCAAAGUAAAGAGCAAGGGUCAAUGGAAGCCUUUCACUCCAACCAUUGUUCAUGCUUCUUCUGGCGGUCGUCGUCGCACUGGCAGACGCUCUAACACUAGCAGUAACAAAGAUGCUAACAAAAAAACCAGCACUCGUAGAGGAUCCAAGUCUAAAGAAGCCACUAAGCCCAACAAUACUAUUACUACUACUACUACUACUACUACUGCUACUACUACUAACACUACUACUGCAGCUCCUGCCAAAACUAUAAGCAAACCUGAAGGCAAAAAAGACGAAGACAAGAAGUCUCCUAUGAAAUCUCGUUCUGCUCGUCCUCAUCCCAAGAGCACUUACCUUUACCGUGGUCAACGCAAGAUGCCUGCUUUCAUCAAUGUCGAUGCUGACACUCUCAAGAUGUACAUCAUGCAACAAAUUGAAUACUAUUUUAGCAUUGAUAACCUGUGCAAGGAUCUCUACUUGCGUCAACAAAUGGACUCUAACGGUUUUGUUGACUUGAACUUCAUUGCUAACUUCAACCGUGUUAAGGGUUUGUCUACUGACAUCAACUUGAUCCGUGAAGCCUUGGAAAACAGUCAAUUGCUUGAACUCAAGCAUGAUAAGAUCCGUAAGAGAGAAGGUUGGGAACCUUGGUUGAUGCCUUCUGUUGUCCCCGGCCCCGCUCCUGUCAAUGUGUCUGUGCCCAAGAACACUACCACUGCUGCUCAAAUCGCCAAGCAAAACGCUCCUGCUCAACCUCAUCAACCCACAUUGGCUGCUUUGGCCGGUACUACCUUGUUACCCUCUGCUGUUCCCAAAUUGAACGGUGAACGUCGUAAAUCCACUUCUCCUCAACAAGCUGAACAAAAAGAUGAAGAUGAUUUGUUUGAUUUUGAUGAGGAUGAUGAUUGGACUGAUGGUAGACGCACAGAUACUGUCAAGAAGUACUACUUGUCAGACGAAGAAGACGAAGAGGAUGAAGAUCUUGACAUGGACGAUGAAACUGUUGCUCGUAUCAUGAUUGUCACUCAACGCAAGUCAGAUCGUACACAUACCAACUACAACCGUGCCAAGAUCAAUGAAGAUAUUUCAGACAUGAUCAAUGAAGGUCUUUAUCAAUAUGAAUCAGGUUUGCGUAGUACUGGUCAAACGACAUCCAAGGUUGGUUCUGUUGGUAAGGAUCAAUUUGAGCAAUUGAAGCACCGUGAACACCACCAUGGCGAACAAGUAGGUGCUCAAAUCUCUAGCACUACCAUUCAUGCCAAGCCUAUCAAGAAGAAUGAAAAGUCUACUCCUCGUUUCUACGCUAUUCGUCCUGAAUCUUUGCCUAGCUCUGCCUUCUUCGGUACCACCCCUACUCGUAAAGUCAACGAUCAAGGCCAUGUUGGCUGGGUUUUAAGUGAUCAAGCCUACCACUACAACCCUAAUGACUUGCUGGGUACUUCUUAUGGUAAAUCACCUAUUCCUGACAGUAUGCUUUCCAGUUCUAUGGAUAUGGCACACUCAUUUGGUAACUUCCAACAUCCUAGCCACGAAUUGUUGCGUGAAAAGGGUUUUGUUCAACACAAGUAUUACAAGUACCAUGCUAAGGCUUUGAGAGAACGUAAGCAAUUGGGUGUUGGUCACUCUCAAGAAAUGAACACUUUGUUCCGUUUCUGGUCUCACUUUUUGCGUGAUCAUUUCAACAAGCGUAUGUAUAACGAGUUUAAGCGUUUGGCUGUUGAAGAUGCCAACCAAAACUACAGAUAUGGUUUAGAAUGUCUUUUCCGUUUCUACUCUUAUGGUCUUGAAAAGAGAUACCGCAAGGAACUCUUUGAAGAUUUCCAGGAAUUGACCUUGGCAGACUAUGAAAGAGGUCAUCUUUAUGGUCUUGAGAAAUUCUGGGCAUACACUUACUACCGUAAAGACAAGAAGAAGAGAGAACUCAAGUUCGACGAGCAAGUUGCUCAAUUGUUAUCUAAAUACAAGACCAUCGAAGACUUUAGAAAUGCAGAAGCACCCAAGACAGAAGCUGAAGAGACAUAUAAGGUUCCUCACCACGGUAAACCCAGAGGCAGUGUCAGUGGUCCUUCUAACGCUGCUGCUGCUACUUCCAAUGCUUAA